AUGGAGGAUCAACUCAACAGACCAACGUGGAGCCGGCAGAUUGAGUUCACCCUGGCCGGCAUCGGCUGUGCCGUGGGUCUGGGAAACGUUUGGAGGUUCCCUUAUCUCUGCUACAGGAGCGGAGGAGGUGCCUUUCUAGUGCCAUACCUGUUGAUGCUGGUGGUGUUGGGGAUCCCUCUGCUCUACAUGGAGCUGACUGUGGGUCAGUACACAAGGAGAGGGCCUGUCCACGCACUGGCUAUUGUCUGCCCACUGUUAAAAGGAGUUGGCAUGGCCUCGGUGGCUAUCUCCUUCAUCAUGUGCACCUACUACAACAUCGUCAUCACCUGGGCCCUCUAUUAUCUCUUCAGCUCCUUCCAGGCACCGUUACCCUGGCAGAACUGCAACAACACCUGGAACACGGCAAACUGCACCAAUCACGCCACCAACAGCAGCUACUCCUCCACUGCAAGCCAGGAGUUCUUCAAAUAUAAGAUGUUGGGUCAGACUAGCGGAGUCGAAGAAACAGGGGCGAUCCGCUGGGAGCUUUUCCUUAUUCUCAUCCUGGCCUGGAUCCUCAUUUACCUUUGCAUCUUCAAGGGGGUGAAAUCAACAGGCAAGGUGGUGUACUUCACGGCCCUGUUCCCAUACGUUAUCCUGAUUGCCCUGCUGAUCAAUAAUGUGCAACUUCCUGGAGCGAUGAAUGGAAUAAACUUCUUCAUUGUGCCGGAGUGGGAUAUGCUGCUCUCUGUGGAGGUGUGGGUGAAUGCCGCAGCUCAGAUCUUCAACUCCAUCGGGAUUGGUUUUGGCUCCCUCUUGGCCAUGUCGAGCUACAAUAACUUCAACAAUAACGUUCUGAAGGACACCCUGACUAUAGCCAUCGUCAACUCCCUCACCAGCAUCCUGGCAGGUUUUGUCAUUUUCUCUGCCUUUGGAUACAUGUCUCAUCUGCAGGGCAUUCACGUCCGGGAUCUGGCUGUGGAUGGUCCAGGCCUGGUUUAUGUUGUUUACCCACAAGCCUUUGCCAACAUGCCAGUGGCUCAGCUCUGGGCUGUGAUGUUCUUCUUCAUGCUGCUUUGCCUCGGACUGGACAGUGAGUUUGCAAUGGUUGAAGUGAUGGUAACAAGCUUCAUGGAUGAAUUCUACCAACAUCUGAUGAAGUUUUUCAAGCGGAAGGAGCUGUUUGUUCUUCUUAUUUGCGGUGCAGCUUUCCUCAUAGGGAUUCCAUGCGUCCUGCAGGUGGGGAUCUAUGUUUUCCAGCUGAUGGACCAUUACACUGCCAUAGUGUCCAUCAUGUUUCUCGCAUUCUUCGAGGUUAUCGCCAUCUGUUGGAGUUAUGGAGUGACUCGACUGUCAAGCAACCUAGAAGAGAUGACCGGAAAAGGAGCGAACAUCUUCUUCAGACUGUGUUGGCUCAUAGUUGAUCCUGUGCUGGUCACCGUUAUCCUGAUUUUCUCUGUCAUCCAGUUCAAGCCAGCCCGCUAUGAGGACUAUGUCUUCCCUCCCUGGGCUCAGGGGGUCGGCUGGGUCAUUGCCAUGGCCUCCAUCAUAUGGAUUCCUUUGGGUGCUUUGCACACGUUGUGGGUGCUCCCUGGCCCAUUCAUGCAGAAACUGAAGCAGUCCUUCAAACCAUACGCGCUGAAUGAAACGAAUGAAGCAAAAAUGCCGUAUUAUGAGAGGGGAGGAAGACUUGGAGAUCCAGCUGUGGCUGUCAUCUGCUCCAGCAUCAGUCUAUCUGAAAAACCUCCUGUGGAGACAAACUUCUGA